GUUUUCGAGCACCGAGAAAGUCUCGCAGCGUACGCAGCGCUUGACCCGAGUCUUGCAGAAUGAAAAGCCUCACAGACACCCUUUACGUGAUGUGGCUUCUAAAGACCCAAGGACCACCCACCUAGUAAUCUGCAAAGGCAAAGGCAGAAAUGGAUAUUCAAACACCACAGCCUCCGUUCUGUUAUUAAUUACUCUGUAGACAUGUGCCCAUACUGUAGGGAGUGAACUGCACCAAGGGGGAAAGUUCCAGGGGCCCCCAAACCACCAGCACUCUUGUUUUCCCCCUGGAGAGAAAGCAGAACUAUGGCGUUUUAUAGCUGCUGUUUCAUCCUUUUGGCAAGUACCUGGUGCACUUCUGCCUAUGGGCCUGACCAACGAGCCCAGAAGAAAGGGGACAUUAUCCUCGGGGGGCUCUUUCCUAUUCAUUUUGGAGUAGCAGCCAAAGAUCAAGAUCUAAAAUCAAGGCCGGAGUCUGUGGAAUGUAUAAGGUACAAUUUCCGCGGGUUUCGUUGGUUACAAGCAAUGAUAUUUGCCAUUGAGGAAAUCAACAGCAGCCCAGCCCUUCUUCCCAACAUGACACUGGGAUACAGAAUAUUUGACACCUGCAACACCGUUUCUAAAGCCUUGGAGGCUACCCUGAGUUUUGUGGCACAGAAUAAAAUUGAUUCUCUGAACCUUGACGAGUUCUGCAACUGCUCAGAGCACAUCCCCUCUACUAUUGCUGUAGUGGGAGCAACUGGCUCGGGCAUCUCCACAGCGGUGGCAAACCUGCUGGGCCUCUUCUACAUCCCCCAGGUCAGCUAUGCCUCCUCCAGCAGACUCCUCAGCAACAAGAAUCAGUUCAAGUCCUUCCUCCGUACCAUCCCCAAUGAUGAACACCAGGCCACCGCCAUGGCAGACAUUAUUGAGUAUUUCCGCUGGAACUGGGUGGGCACAAUUGCAGCUGAUGAUGACUAUGGCCGGCCAGGGAUUGAGAAGUUUCGAGAGGAAGCGGAGGAGAGGGACAUCUGCAUCGACUUCAGUGAACUCAUCUCCCAGUAUUCUGAUGAGGAAGAGAUCCAGCAAGUGGUAGAGGUGAUCCAGAAUUCCACAGCCAAAGUCAUUGUUGUUUUCUCCAGUGGCCCAGACCUUGAACCCCUCAUCAAGGAGAUUGUCCGGCGUAAUAUCACAGGGAGGAUCUGGCUGGCCAGUGAGGCCUGGGCCAGCUCUUCCUUGAUAGCCAUGCCUGAGUACUUCCAUGUGGUUGGAGGCACUAUUGGAUUCGCUCUGAAGGCUGGGCAGAUCCCAGGUUUCCGGGAAUUCCUGCAGAAAGUCCAUCCCAGAAAGUCUGUCCACAAUGGUUUUGCCAAGGAGUUUUGGGAAGAAACAUUUAACUGCCACCUCCAGGAAGGUGCUAAAGGGCCUUUGUCCAUGGACACUUUUAUGAGAGGUCAUGAAGAAGGUGGUGGCAGGAUAAGUAACAGUUCCACUGCCUUCCGACCUCUUUGCACAGGGGAUGAGAACAUCAGCAGUGUGGAGACCCCUUACAUGGAUUAUACACACUUACGGAUAUCCUACAAUGUCUACUUAGCGGUCUAUUCCAUUGCUCAUGCCCUACAAGAUAUAUACACAUGCUUACCUGGAAGAGGACUCUUCACCAAUGGUUCCUGUGCUGAUAUCAAGAAGGUGGAGGCUUGGCAGGUCCUGAAGCACCUACGGCACCUAAACUUUACCAACAAUAUGGGGGAGCAGGUGACUUUCGAUGAAUGUGGUGACCUGAUGGGGAACUAUUCCAUCAUCAACUGGCACCUCUCCCCAGAGGAUGGUUCCAUAGUGUUUAAGGAAGUCGGCUAUUACAACGUCUAUGCCAAGAAAGGAGAAAGGCUCUUCAUCAAUGAGGAGAAAAUCCUGUGGAGUGGGUUCUCCAGGGAGGUGCCAUUUUCCAACUGCAGUCGAGACUGCCUGGCAGGGACCAGGAAAGGAAUCAUUGAGGGGGAGCCCACUUGCUGCUUUGAGUGUGUGGAGUGUCCUGAUGGGGAAUAUAGCGAUGAAACAGAUGCAAGUGCCUGUGACAAGUGCCCCGAUGACUUCUGGUCCAAUGAAAACCACACUUCCUGCAUUGCCAAAGAGAUUGAGUUUCUGUCCUGGACAGAGCCCUUUGGGAUUGCACUCACUCUCUUUGCUGUGCUGGGGAUUUUCCUGACAGCCUUCGUGCUGGGUGUCUUCAUCAAGUUCCGUAACACACCCAUCGUCAAGGCCACCAACCGAGAGCUCUCCUACCUCCUCCUCUUCUCCUUGCUCUGCUGCUUCUCUAGCUCCCUGUUCUUCAUUGGUGAGCCCCAGGACUGGACAUGCCGCCUGCGCCAGCCAGCCUUUGGCAUCAGCUUCGUCCUCUGCAUAUCAUGCAUCCUGGUGAAAACCAACCGUGUCCUGCUGGUGUUCGAAGCCAAAAUCCCCACGAGCUUCCACCGCAAGUGGUGGGGGCUCAACCUGCAGUUCCUGCUGGUCUUCCUCUGCACUUUCAUGCAGAUUGUCAUCUGUGUCAUCUGGCUCUAUACCGCCCCACCCUCAAGCUACCGCAACCAUGAGCUGGAGGAUGAGAUCAUUUUUAUCACAUGCCAUGAGGGCUCACUUAUGGCACUGGGCUUCUUGAUUGGCUACACCUGCCUGCUGGCUGCCAUCUGCUUCUUCUUUGCCUUCAAGUCCCGGAAGCUGCCAGAGAACUUCAAUGAAGCCAAGUUCAUCACCUUCAGCAUGCUCAUCUUCUUCAUCGUCUGGAUCUCCUUCAUUCCAGCCUACGCCAGCACCUAUGGCAAGUUUGUCUCUGCCGUGGAAGUGAUUGCUAUCCUGGCAGCCAGCUUUGGCUUGCUGGCCUGCAUCUUCUUCAACAAGGUCUACAUCAUCCUCUUCAAGCCAUCCCGUAACACCAUUGAGGAGGUGCGCUGCAGCACUGCUGCUCAUGCUUUCAAGGUGGCAGCCCGGGCCACACUGCGCCGCAGCAACGUCUCCCGCAAGCGGUCCAGCAGCCUCGGGGGCUCCACGGGCUCCACGCCCUCAUCCUCCAUCAGCAGCAAGAGCAACAGUGAAGACCCGUUCCCACAGCCCGAGAGGCAGAAGCAGCAGCAGCAGCCACUGGCCCUGACCCAGCAAGAGCAGCAUCCACAGCAACCCUUGACCCUCCAGCAGCAGCCACAGCCACAGCCGCAGCCACAGCCCAGGUGCAAGCAGAAGGUCAUCUUUGGCAGUGGCACCGUCACCUUCUCACUGAGCUUUGACGAGCCUCAGAAAAGUGCCAUGGCUCACAGGAAUUCCACGCAUCAGAACUCCCUGGAGGCCCAGAGAAGCAACGAGACCCUGAGCAGACACCAGGCAUUGCUCCCGCUACAGUGUGGAGAGACAGACUCAGAACUGACUUCGCAGGAGACAGGCCUGCAAGGGCCUGUGGGUGGGGACCACCAACCAGAGACAGAAGACCCUGAGGAGAUGUCCCCGGCACUUGUAGUGUCCAGUUCACAAAGCUUUGUCAUCAGCAGUGGAGGCAGCACUGUCACAGAAAACAUACUGCAUUCAUAAAAUGGAAGAAGGUGGCCAGUCAGGAAGGAUCCAGAGGGGUUUCCUGGGAACACAUUCUCUGACAGGAACGAGGAAUCACCCCAGACUCCUUUCUUUUGUGGAAGGAGGAAUAAAACACACCAAACACCUUAAACUCUGUCGAACUGUUUGAAAUAACAGUGAAUUGACUCAUGUUCCCUUUAAAAUUAAAAAAAGAAGAGGAGCCACGUGACUCUGUGGUUGGAUAUG